GCAAUAACUCAUCUCCCCACCACCUCUGCUGUUGCUGCUGCUUCCAGAACCUUCCUGCCUAGUUCUGCUGCAUCCUGAUCCACUGUAUAGCAGGAGCACUUCUUGGAUCACAAGGGCUUUAUUAAUGUUUGACCUGCCCAGGGCGGCCCCGUUAGACAUGGCGGAUAGCUGGUUGACUUUCCAGGCUGAGGAAGAGCAGGGGCAAGAGUCCUUUUCUAGCUCAGUUAACCUGGAUGACAGCCUCACCAGCUUGCAGUGGCUACAAGAAUUCUCCAUACUCAAUUCCAACGAAGGUAAAACGCCUUCAUCAUCUGGGGACUCCCAUGGUUACAGGCAGCUGUCUGGUGCCCCCUGCUCUCCUCUGGCCGCUGACCCUGCUUGUCUGGGCAUGCCACAUACCCCAGGAAAACCCAUUUCCUCGUCCACCUCACGGGCAUCCCACUUGGGACUCCAGCCAAUGGAGGAGAUUGACUACAAGACCAACCCGCAUGUAAAGCCCCCUUAUUCAUAUGCCACUCUUAUCUGUAUGGCAAUGCAAGCAAGCAAGAAGACCAAGAUCACACUAUCUGCCAUUUACAACUGGAUCACCGACAACUUCUGCUACUUCCGACAUGCAGAUCCCACCUGGCAGAAUUCUAUAAGACACAACCUCUCCCUAAAUAAGUGUUUCAUGAAAGUCCCUCGGGAAAAAGACGAGCCAGGCAAAGGAGGUUUCUGGAAGAUUGAUCCACAAUAUGCUGAUCGGCUCAUAAAUGGAGCCAUGAAGAAGCGCCGACUUCCCCCUGUCCAGAUCCAUCCGGCAUUUGCUAGUGCACAGGCUGCAGCCUCCAGUGAUAGCAAAAGAGGUUCUGCCUGGCAGAUGAGCGUCAAUUCAGAGUCCCACCAACUGCUGAAGGCGUUUGAGGAGAUAACAAAUGAGCAAGGCUGGAAUCCAUUAGGAGAACAUGGCUGGAAUUCCAUAAGUGAUGGGAAAUCUCACAAGCGCAAGCAGCCUUUGCCCAAACGCAUGUUUAAGGCCCCACGUCUCUCCAGCUCCCCUAUGCUCUCCCAAGAGGAGCAAACUGAAUUGGGGUCCUUGAAAGGUGAUUUUGACUGGGAAGUUAUCUUUGACUCUUCAAUCAACGGAUUUAACUUCUCAGCCUUUGAGGACCUAGAAGUCACCCCUCCCCUGAGUCCAGUUACACGCUCUGUUGACCUCACCGUUCAUGGAAAGCACAUUGACUGCCCACAGCAGUGGUACCCAAUGGGACAGGAUCAUGCGGUGGCGCAAAAUAGCUUGGAUUUCGAUGAGACAUUACUUGCCACCUCCUUCCUCCAGCACCCAUGGGAAGAGAACAGGAAUGAUUAUCUGUCCAACUCUGCCAAUAUUGAACAGCUUUUUGAUCUCAAUGAGGCAUUUCCGGCAGAGCUCAAUGACUGGUCGUCCUUGGGUUCCUAUAUAUAAUGUUGCCAUACUAAACUAAACAGAGACAAAAAUAGACAUUUAUAUAAAUAAAUAUAUAUAUUUACUAAGAAGGACAUUUCUGAACAUUUUAAAUAAAGGUAAAUCCUUUUGCAGAGCAGAGGGUACCUAUUCUAAAAUUUACACUAUUUAGGAAUAGAUAGAAUCUAUUCCGCUGAAAAUGGCCUGAGCUAACGGGCAGCAAAUAUGCUGGACAGAAGACUGUGUGACAUGGCCACAAUGAAAAGAACAGUACUUAAAUAAAAAAACAAAACCUUUUUGUACUUAUUUUUCUAGGUGUUUUCAAAAUGAACUUAGGUAUUGCCACUGUAUUCUGGGUAGGGUGAGAUACAGAGAAUGUGAUAUCAGAUCAGUCUGAUGGAUGAUCAGUUCUGGAAAAUGUGCAAUGUACCCUUCUCUUUUCCGCUUUCUCUGAAAAAUUUGCCCAUUAACUAUGUUAAUUUUUCUUAUCUUUUUUUACAUAACAGCAGUGGAAAUGGGAGAAAAAAAGAUAUUAACCAAAAAAAA